AUGGGAUUAAAUUUUGAAACAAAUAUUAAGAACAUAUUAAAUUUAUUAAAAAAUAAAUAUAAUAAAACUUUUUGGAUAUUAUUUUCCGAAUGUCCUGAAAAUGUAGAAACAGACGCAUUAGCUGCGUCAGUCAUCAGAAGAAUGAAUCAUUACUUGAAGAGUGUGGCUGUGGCUCGUGUCAAAGAGCUUGAGCUCAAAGGUCCUCGUAUCCGUUCCGCACCCCCGUUUCGUGCUUCGGCGCCGCGCAUGCCCGCAAGAAAGGGCUGA